GCUGCUUCAGACAGGAGUUGUGUUGCAGAGACAGGACCGUUUUUAAUGGACCACAUUUCCCUCCGGAGGAUAUUUUACCGACUCGGGUGAUAGAACCGGACCCGAAGCAGACGCAGCAUCGCCCCGGUCCGGCCAUGGACGAGCAGGCUGGCCCCUUCUUCAAUAACAACAACAACAACUCGGGCUUUCCUGGGAAUAUUAAAGCUCCGCAGACUGUGGACGUGGGGGGCGGAGAGGCGGCCAGAGCCCAGUACAACAUCCCGGGGAUCUUACACUUUCUCCAGCAUGAGUGGGCCCGCUUCGAGGUGGACAGGGCGCACUGGGACGUGGAGAGGGCCGAGCUGCAGGCGCAGAUCGCCUUCCUGCAGGGGGAGCGGCGAGGCCAGGAGAACCUGAAGAAAGACCUGGUGAGACGGAUCAAGAUGCUGGAGUACGCCCUCAAACAGGAGAGGGCGAAGUUUCAUAAACUGAAAUAUGGGACAGAACUGAACCAGGGAGAAAUCAUACCUCCGAGUUACGAUUCAGACGAGGGGAAUGACAGCGAGGCUCCCAGUCUUCCAAACAGCAGCCAUCAGCUCAGCUGGAAGCAAGGACGCCAACUGCUCAGACAAUACCUGCAGGAGGUCGGCUACACGGACACCAUCCUGGAUGUGAAGUCUCAGAGGGUGAGAUCGCUGCUCGGGCUGACCGGAGACUCAGGAGAGAAACCUGCGGAGAACAAAGCCGAACACAUGGUCAACGGCACCGAGCCGUCCUCCCUGAAGGACAGCGGCAUGGUCAGUAAACCUGACAUGUCCGACUCGGCCACGGUGUUGGAGGCCUUUAAAUUCAUCGAGAGCGCCGCAGCAGAGUUCAGCGACGAUGAUGAUGAGGAGGAUAGCGAAGGGAGGGACAAGACCAUCUUAGACAUGGCUACAAUGGUGAGGAAGAAGCAGUCGUCUACGCCGUCCUCCACGACCUCUGACCUCAGCGACGACCCCGACACGGAGGAGGCACUGAAGGGCUUCGACUUCUUGGCGAGUCCCGACGAGCUGGACGGCUCUCCGGAGUCCAGGAGCGGGGAGGACAGUGGAGAGUGGGAGAAGGAGGAUCCGUCCUCUCUGGGGGAGCUGGCCUGGGACGUGGACCAGGGUCUGAUAGCGCAGCUGAAGGAGCAGUACAGGAAGGAGCGCAAGGGCAAGAAGGGGGUGAAGAUUUCCUCGUCUGAUUUUUGUCUCCCUCCUCCCUCCCGUCCUCCUCCAGGACCGAACCGGUCUAAGCUGCAGGACAUGCUGGCUAAUCUGCGGGACGCCGAGGAUCAUCCCUCCAUGCAGCCGUCCGUCACGCCUCCUUCCCGCCCCAGUGUUCCCAGACUCAAUGAACAGGAAGUGGGACGCUCGGAAGACGAAGCGAUGACCUUCCUGCCGUCUCCCGGGAAGUCCUUCAUAAUGGGCCGAGUGGACGAGGCAGUUUCUAAUGAGCUGGGACUGGGAGAACUGGCCGGUCUGACGGUGGCCAACGAGGCUGAAAACUUGGCGUACGACAUCACCAAUAAUAAAGACGCUCUGAGGAAGACCUGGAACCCCAAGUUCACCCUGAGGAGCCACUUUGACUCAGUCCGGGGUCUGGCCUUCCACCCGGUGGAACCCGUCCUGGUCACGGCCUCCGAGGAUCACACGCUCAAACUGUGGAACCUGCAGAAGACGGCCCCCGCCAAGAAGUGUGCUGCUUUAGACGUGGAGCCCAUCUACACAUUCAGAGCUCACAGCGGUGCGGUGUUGUGCGUCACGAUGAGCUCCAGCGGUGAGCAGUGCUUCAGUGGGGGGGUGGACGGUACCAUCCAGAGCUGGAACACCCCCAACCCCAACAUCGACCCCUACGACUCAUAUGAGCCGUCUGUCCUGCGGGGGGCGAUGUGCGGUCACACCGACUCCGUGUGGGGUUUGGUUUACAGCUCGGCACACCAGCGCCUCCUCUCCUGCUCCGCCGAUGGUACGGUCCGGCUGUGGAACGCCGCAAGCAUCUCGCCGCCUCUCGCUGUUUUCAACGAGAGAGGAGAGCUGGGAGUGCCGACCUCGGUGGAUCUGGUGAGCAGCGAGUCGGCUCACAUGGUGACGUCCUUCAGCACCGGACACAUCGGACUGUUCAACAUGGAGACGCAGCAGCUCGUCCUGCAGCUCGACUCUGCCGGACCGCCAGAGGCUCCCUGCAAGAUCAACAAAGUGCUGAGUCAUCCCACUCUGCCAAUCACCAUCACAGCUCAGGAGGACCGGCACAUCCAGUUCUUCGAUAACAACACAGGUAAACUGAUCCACUCGAUGGUGGCUCACCUGGACUCUGUCACGUGUCUCGCUGUGGAUCCAAACGGACUGUACCUCAUGUCUGGAAGUCACGACUGCUCUAUCCGCCUGUGGAACAUGGAGAGUAAGACGUGUAUCCAGGAGUUCACGGCGCACAGGAAGAAGUCGGAGGAGUCGAUCCACGACGUGGCGUUUCACCCCACAAAGUGCUACAUCGGCAGCGCCGGGGCGGACGCCCUCGCUAAAGUCUUCGUAUGACCGGAGACCCCGUCGCUGCGGAGCGUCCCUGAAGAUGUGAGGAAGAGGAGCACGUCUCCACCUCUGAGUCUGGGCGAGGAAGCAGAAAGCUGAAGGGGACAGUUUACCUGGACUGCUCCUUCUAAGAGUUGUCAAAUAUUCACCCCACCCGCCUCUUCCCCUGUUGGGACUUAGGCUGGCCCGGGUCCCGAAACAAACAAACCUCUGGAUGAGACGAUGAAUGAAAACAGGAAGUGGCAAAAAAUGAAUAAAAAGCAGGAACUCUCAGAACAUUUCAGUAAAGCUGGAAUAUUAUUUUCUUUCUCUCCACCGUCUCUGACCCCGGCCUGUUGGUGUUGCUUAGACUUAUUGUUCAUGAUAAUGUGCCUUUUUUCUUCACAAUAUGAAUAGUUUAAGGUGUUGAGGAAAAUGUAUUUCGUGCAUCAGAAGAUCCACUUUUUUCAAAAAUAGGUAAAGUAACGAUCCAUUUAUUUUAAAUAUUCAGUCAGAUCUGAAUGCUUCUUUUGAAGACCAAAUCCUUUCAUUCAUGAUAAAAAGAACGCUCUAAUUUCGCCUCACGAUGACCUCCCUUUUCUUAAAUCUAAUUUGGUGCUUUUUCCUGUUUUACGUUAUGCCUGCAGCCUGAAGAAGACACAUAACAAACACCUGGUGGGUUUCAUUUCAAAAUCAGAGGGUUUCCAACACAUCAGCGAUCCCAUUAUUAGUCAUUUACAUUACAAGUAAAACCAAAGCAACUUACAUACUCUCAACACUGUGGACAAUCCUCACAGGAGCAACUUUUGGGUGAAGUGUCUGGCCCAGGGACAUGCUGACUGCAGUGGGGAUUGCACCCGGGCUCCAAAGAUCAGAGCACUAAACCACUGAGCCACAGCCUCCCUAGACUAGAGAAGAAGUUAGGCUAUGUUGAUGGAGAUAAAGAGGAACUGGCUUUCUGCUGCACUUUAGAGUAACAGGGAGAAUUUAAUUUACACAUUUACAUCUGAGCAGCAAACACCGACAACACGCUACAAGCUUAAUGUAACCCCAUACUGACAGAAAGAGGAACACUACAGAGAGAUUUCACUGUCUGAAUUGAACCCCUUCAGAGUGUUUGGAUAGCAGCAGAACACAUCUGCCGUCACAUGGCUCUUUAAUAGUUGUAGAAAACUUCUUUCCAAAGUGAACAAACAAAUCUGAAAAAACAGAAAUAAUGUGGGUUUGAAUUCAUGUGACAUUUUGGAUCGAAUCUCUUCUGAUUCAGUGGUUUUGAAAUCCACAUUGUGCUGCUUCUCAUUGUGUAUUUAAAGUCUGACAAACUAAAGCUAUUCUCAUUUAUUGGUUUUUAUUCUUUGUGUUUAUGAAUUACUUAUUGCCAAACUGAAAGCCAAGCGACUCAACGAGGGACGACGAGAUGCUUCCUACUGAACCUGACAGUUGUUGCUAAUGCUAAUUAGCUCGUUUUGUUGUGAAAUCACAUUUAAAGUCACAGCUGUUUAGUUCCCAAACCACACACGCACACGCACACACACACACUCCCCUACAGAUUUGUAAAACGCUUUUUAUGCUGACUGCCUGGAAAUACUGUAUUUUGUUUAAUUAUUGUUAUUAUUGUUAUUCUGCGCAACGACUAGUUUUUUAAAAAACUUUUGUGUUUGGUGACAGACUUGUAAAAAAUACAGGUAGAUAUUUUUUUUAUUCUCUGUUUUACUUGAAGAGUGAAGUUGUAUUCCUUUGGGGGUUUCUGCUGGGGUUGUGAGAAGUAUAUGUGUACUUGACUUUACCUCUCAGCACUACAUAACACUUUGUUUGUUGCUUUGAACCAAAUUAUCAUCUCAGAAAUUGCAGCUGUUUGUGGGACGGAGGAAAACUUUUGGGGGGGGGGGUUGUGUUGCUUUUCUUUUAAAUUGCAAUUGUGUAAAAAGGGUUUGUGUACAGUUUUAAAGCAGAUCUAUUUAUAAACGUGGUGUAAUUUAAGGGACAUUUGAACCGCAGAGUGAAAGUCACGGACCUUAAGGAGAGCUGAAUGAUCAAAUAUUAUUUAUGUAAACAUUUAGAAAGUUGCGGUUUGAUUAAAGCUUUCCUGUGAAACGAUGCAGGGAAUGAGUGAAGUCUGGUUGUUCACCUCCUCAUCUCAAUCUGAGUUCAAUGACAGGAUCUUUUGGAGUGUUUAAAAGGCCGAAAAUGUGACCCGAGAGUUUGGUUUACUUUACAUUCUGGAACCUUUUAAAAGCUCUUAAUAUUCAGCCUGUGAUGAGGGUUUCAUUUAUAGACACUGAGCAGCUUUAACGUGUCCCAAGCCAAAAGAAAAAGGUUGUAAAACCAGGAAUUGAAACCUUAAAGGGAAGCAAGAAUCGGUUUUGUUUUUAUGGAGUCUGGUUGCUUGUUGAGUUCAUGUAUCCCGCUGUUGCAGAAACAUGUCUACAGAUGACAGUUUAUUGCACCCUAAAUGAAAGCAUAAAUCAAAUAGAGCUCAUAUUUUGGUUUAUCUUCAUGCUUUGUUAAUCUGAAAACAGCUGACUUACACUAGACUCCAUUCACAUUUAUGUACUGUCUUCACUUUCUGAGCAAUAGCGUCAGUGUUUGCCAAUGAUUGAAUCUCAUUCACCAUUUUGUUUAAAUUAGAGAGCUCUGAUGAUCGUCCCUCACACUACAUUAGCGGUAACACUAGUCAGUAGUGACGUAGGCAGCUGAACUCUGUAAGGUUUAUAUUUUGUCGUCUUCAGUGGCCAAAUGCAGAUGUGAACCUACAAGCUGAACGAAGACAGUUCAGUUUGCCUGUAAUUGAUUGUUGUCCUUUACCGUGUACAGUGAUUCUAUUAAAGAGAGAUUAUAGAUGCUAAACUGGCUGUACAUAAAGUACAUACAGGUGUUGUUCUCCUUUUUUCAUUGUUGUUCUUUACUUUUCAAAAUGGGAUUUAUCAGUAACAACAAUAAAGGAAUAUGUUGUAUAUCA